AAUUGUUGUGAUAAACUUAUUAAAUAGUUUCAGAUCAUCUGCUGAGACAGACUUGUGAAUCAUCUCAAAUAGAUUUGAAAAUGGAGGGCUUGAGGAAAUUGCCUGUUCGCAGCAAAAGUAGUUUCACUCAAAUCAAAGAGGGGAAGUUCGUCUCGAAAAAGUUAUCUGACAAGAGCGAUGUUUAUUUUUCAACUGAGCGCUCAAUUACUUCCUCAGAAAUUAUCCCGGAAAAAUCAACAAUAAUUUGCAGUUAUUUGCAAAACCAGUGGCGAUUAAAGAAGCAACAUGAAGCAGACGAUGCACGUAAGCUUGCAACAUUAUUAGCACAUAGCAGUAGUUCAAUUCCAAGCUCAGAAAAUACAAUGCAAACAGAACAUGCAAGUGGUCCGACUAGCUCAAAACAGCGGAAGCUGGAUGGAUCUCCAUCUUCUAGCACUAGUCCGUCAUCUUCCUCCAGAUGUGGAAAAGAUAGAAACAACCCCAGAUGAUAUAUACUGAAAUAAUUCAUAAGCAUGUUUCUUUUUUCUCCGAAUAAUACUUCAAAUUGUUUUUAUAACGCAUAAUUUGUACGGAAAUAAUUUAUGUACACAAAUGAG